GAAGGAAUUCUUUCCUGUGAAUCUUCCCUGAUAACACAGGUUAUGGGCUGGAAAGGGUUUCCUCUACACCUGUUUUAUUCCUCAACUGUCAUCACAAGGCGCCUGCGAGACUCCUAGAACCAGCUGCCAGGAGGAUACACUUGGAUUUACCUAAAUAUAGCAUUAUUUAAUCAAUUAUCAUAAACCAGUUGUAAUUGAUGUGAAAUGAACACAAAGAAUGUGCUUUUUUGCUUAAUCACAGAGUCGGAAUAAUGCACAGAACACUGGCACAGCUGCGAGCACAGAACAGAUGCAGAAAUAUUUGGGAGGUGUGAGAGAGAGCCUGGCAGCUCCAGGAGCAUCCCCGGUGCCCACAUCACCCCUCUGAAGGCUGUCCUCUGUUCUCUUCACAGAUGCAGGAAUAUUUGGGAGGUGUGAGAGAGAGCCUGGCAGCUCCAGGAGCAUCCCCCAGUGCCCACAUCACCCCUCUGAAGGCUGUCCUCUGUUCUCCUCACAGACUCCAGCACUGAGAGGCCGCAGUUCUGAGCAGUCCCCCCGGGCACCGGAGGUUUGUGUGGUACGAGGAGUGCCACCGGGGCACCCCGAGCCCCACGGGCAGACAACCCUUUGCCGUAAGAUGCUUUUCCCAUCCCUGCUGCAGUCCGUGGUCUGGGCCAGCAGCUGAUGAGAUGGCACAGAGAGCUGAGCUGCAGCCCAGCUUCGAGGAUGUGUUCAAAAUUCUGUCCCGAGCGCCACCAGAGAAACUGCUGAGCCUCAAACUCAAGCUGAAGCACUUGGUACCUGGGCCCUGCAGCAAGUUACUGCAAGCUAUGGUCCUGCUUACUCUGGGGCAAGAAACGGAUGCAAGGAUUUGUCUGGAUGCCUUGAGGGAUAACCAGGCAGCCCAGUACGUCCACCAGAUCAAACUGGGCGCUGCAGGAGUGCAGGAAGACGGGGAGGAUUUGCAGCUUCCCCAGCUGGAUGCAGGUGCCGUGGCACUGCUGGCACAGAUGUACACGGUGCUGGCACAGGAAAAGCUGUGCAGUCCUGAGGCCAGGGACAAAGCCUGCCACGCCAGCAAGGACACUCAGCAGAGGACACUCAACAACGUCCCACCCAAGGAACAGGACAAGCAGGGCUCUGCAGCCAGCGGGGGCUCCGGGGACAGGUUUGGGACGCUGAGAUCCCAUGAGGACACAGGAUUGCCGCACAUGGUGAGGAGUUCACCAGUGGAGAUCAGAGGCAACUCAGACCUUUCAGGCCCACAGCCCCUGCGCUCUGUGGGGAGUUCCUCCCUGUCCAGCUGUUUGGAGAUCAGUGCAUCACCAACAGUUGCUUUUCACACCCAGCCUUCUGUCCCCGAGUGUGUCACCUGGCCCAGCCACGCUGGACACCGCAACGGGGACACAGAGAGCCACGGCCCACAGGAAUCCAGCUGGGCCAGCACACCCAGCUCUCCCCCUGGGCAGGACACAGCUGCUCAAGGGCCCCAGGCAGAGAAGGGUCUGCAGGUCAGUCCCUGUCACCCCAGCCCUCUCCCUGUUCCCAAGACACCGCUGCCUUCAGAGCCUGCCCAAAGCAGUGACGUAUCCAGCGCAGUGACAGGGCCUCACACAGCAAGAGAAAAGCAGGAUGAACAGCAGGAUGAAAAGCAGGAUGAACAGCAAUCAUCUGCUGAUGUCCCUGAUUCAAGGGCUGUAGUGGAUACUGCUCCUGCCCUUGUGUCCGUGCAGGAUUCCAACAAUCCAGCAGGCAUUCCCUCUAACUCUGCACCUGCUUCUACUUCAACCUGUUCCCUUCCUCCUCCUAAUUCCUCCUCAACUCUUCCUCCUCUUCAAGAAUCUCCCUCCAGAGUAUCAUAUCCCCCUCCCCUGCAUUCGUCCCCCUCUCCAGCCAGGCCUCCUGCUCCCCCAGCCAUGGAUCCAUCGGAGCCAGACGGUGCCAAGUUCUUCACAUUUGUUGUCCUGCAUGCCAGUGAAGAUGAGAUUGUGGCCCACCAGGUCAAGAACCUGCUGGAGGGCAUGGGGGUGUCCAACGGUGCCACGCUCAGUGAGGAUUUCUUCAUCGCCGGGCGCAGCCACAUGAUUUGCUUCCAGGAGGCCAUGGAAAACUCUGCCUUCAUGAUCCUCCUGCUGACCAAGAACUUUCCCUGCAACCUGUGCCUGUACCAGACAGACACUGCUCUGAUGCAGUCCAUCGUGGACCCCUCCAAGAAAGACUCAGUCAUCCCCUUUCUACCCAAGGCAAACGCCUUGGAGGACAGCCAGAUCCCCGGGAUGCUCCGUGUGCUCAUCACCCUGAAAGAGAGCUCUCCUCUCUUCUCCAAGAAUGUGCACAAGACUUUUAACCCCAAGAAAAUCAGCGAGAAGAAAGCCCUGUGGGACCAGAUGCAGAGAAGGAAGCUCCAGGAGCGUCGGGAACAGCACCAAGCCCAGCAGAACUUGGCUGCCCUGAGCCUGGGCUCCCCUCCCCGGGUGCCUCCAGCAGUGCCACGGCCGUGGCCACCAGGGCCACCAGCCCAACACUGGUGUCCCCCUGCCCCGAUGGAACCCCCUCCUGCUCAGAGGGGUACUCCCCCUCCCCAAGCACAGCUGCCCCCAGGUCACUACAACAUCACAGCAGGCCAGGGAGGGAUGCCACCCCUCAUCAUCCAACACGCCCGCAUGGUUCAGAUCGGGAACCACAACGUGAUGCAGGUGGAAACUGCCCCACCUGAGCCAGGGCACAGCCAGGAGCAAAGCCAGCACCACAUCUGAGCCAGGACAGCCAAAAUUCAUUUCAAAUCCUGGAUCAGAGUGAUUAUGCUGGGACUGGGACUAUUAUUCUAUGCAUCAAGAGUGCAAUUUUACCAAAGCACAAAAGAAAAUUCUUCAUUUUUUAUUGGAAAAAAAGAUGUAGUGAUCUCUUGGAAUUGUUUUUACUUGUGCUGAUUUUCAAGUAACCGAGAAAAUUAUUUUCCUAAUUGUCUGGAGCUACUUGAAGAUUUUAUAAAUAAAUUUUAAUUAAUUUA